UAGUUUGUAUCCCUAUUAGAAAAAAGCAUCUUAAACCGUAACAUAUAACAUUUUAUAUAAAUAUGAAAAAAAGGAAAUGAACGAAAAAAAUCGCAUUUUUAUUGAGCAAAUUCUUUAUCUGCCAGUCAAGAAAAAAUUCAAAAUGCAACAAUGAAUUGCGUUCUGAAUGUGUAAGAGUGUGAGUAAAUGAGCGAAUUUAAUGUUCAGCAUUAGAGAAGUGUCAAAUUCAAUACGGUUUUGCCGAUAAAUUGAUGUCAACAAAACCAAAACGCCGAGAACUCUAUUUUUGGGUGAAAUUCCAUAAAUUUUUAAUGAAAUCAAUAGCAUGAAAUUGAAGAGCAAUUAUAAAAUUCUAUUGUAGAAAUCUAUUCUCGGUGAUAAAACCAGAUUUCACCAUUUUUACGUGACUAUUGUAAAAUGCUCGCCAGAGAAAAGUUCGUUGAAGAAACGUUGUGAAGUGUAUAGUGUAUUCGUCAAAAUUCAAAAUGAAAAUACGGACGCAACCGUUUCCAAAAACACUUGCUGAUGGAGCAACAACAUUAUUUCUCCUAUUCGCCAUCCCAUUGACCUACUGGUUUGAAUUGUGGAUUGUGUUACCAACGCUAAUAGCCACCAAUUCAUUAUUCUAUGGAUUUAAUUUUGUAUUUGGAACCUUAAUUCUCUUCAAUAUUGUCAGCAAUAUGAUGGCUAUAAUGUUGUGCAAUACGAGUAUCAUUGGUGAGCGGAUCGUUCGUCCGGCGGCCAAAGCGAAUUCAACACUAUGGAAAUUUUGUUCGGUUUGUGAAUCAGUGACGCCGCCACGAAGUUGGCACUGCAGCACAUGUCGUGUGUGCAUCCUAAAACGAGACCAUCACUGUAUGUUCACAGGAUGUUGUAUCGGUCACAAUAAUCAACGUUACUUCAUCAGUAUGGUGUUCUAUUUAUGCCUUGGAACCGCCUAUUCAUCUGUGUUUAACACGAUUUUCGUAAUUCUUGUACAUGGCAAUGAAUUGUGGACAUCACCCACCAUAUUCAAAGUGAUUUUCCCGUUGGCAAUGCUUAUAUAUGAUGCGAACACACUUCAGUAUCAUCUAAUGAUGUAUUUGUUAAAUGUAAUCGGCGCCGUAUUUACGGGUUUUCUACUAUUUUACCAUUUACGUAAUAUGUUGCGUGGAUGUGUAACGCACGAUGCACUUCGUCAAUUCGAUUUAGGUCCGUUGGAGAAUACGCGCAUGGUUUUCGGUUCGCGUUGGUAUUUGGCAUGGUUGUCACCGUUUGUGCACAGUCCAUUGCCAUAUGAUGGUAUCAAUGAUUGGCACAAAAUUUAUGAGAAAUCAACCAAAAAUCUUUAAUGUUUACACAAAAACACCGCACGUAUAUUUUCAACAAAAUAUUUUUUUUUUAUUAUUAUUCAUAUUUGCUGUUACAAUAGAGAUGUGUGAUGCGAAAUAACUCAGGUGAAUUUUAUAUAAAUACACUCUAGUGUACAAUUUAAUGUACCUUUGACAAUCACAAAAUUUUGGUUAAAUCAUUUAAAAAAAAGAGAGUUUAAUAACGUUAGUAACUGUUGUCGAAACUUUUUAUUCUAACUUUUUUUUUUUUCUUAUCAUGAGAAGUUUAAUGUUAUUCAUGUAGAUAGUGUACAUGUAUGUGUCUUUUUCUUUAAAAGGUUACUCUGUUUACUUAAAUUAUUUAUUUCUACAACAAUACAAGAAAAUUGAAGCAACAAAACUGGUGAUUUUAAUGACUAACUUAUUAUAAAUGUUCAAUAUAAACUGUAGAUAAUCUGAAUUAUUUGUCAACCGAAAAAAAAUUGUUUAAAAUAAAAAACCAAAAUGAAAUGACUUUUUCUUGGAAAAUAUGCAUGUCAUUAAAACUCUAUUCUUAUCGCAAA